AUUGCCUUAGCUACAACCUUAUCAUGGCCACUAAGACAGCUAGAUGUGAAGAAUGCAUUUCUUCAUGGCCAGCUUAAAGAAGUGGUAUAUAUGAAACAGCCACUAGGAUUCGAAGAUCCUAACCAUCUGGGUUAUGUUUGCAAACUCAAUAAAUCCAUCUAUGGUCUCAAACAAGCCCCUAGAGCAUGGUUCGAUACCUUCACUCUUCAUUUAUUAAAGCUGGGAUUCCAUUGCAGUCAGGCAAACUCUUCUUUAUUUGUUUUGCAUAAUGGACAAGAUACAGCUUUGCUUCUUUUAUACGUGGAUGACAUUGUACUUACUGCAAGCUCUUCAUCUCUACUGCAGCAUAUUAUUGAAAAUCUUAGCAAUAAGUUUGCUCUCAAGGAUUUAGGCUUUCUAAGCUAUUUCCUGGGUAUUGAGGUUACCUUGUUCUCUGGUGGUAUAUUCUUGUCUCAAACCAAAUAUGCCAAGGAUAUUCUUACUAGAGCAACCAUGGUUGAAGCCUCCAUGAUUGCAACACCAAUGGUAGUCAAAGAACCACAUACACCAAGAGACGAGGACCCUGUUGAUGCUCAAGAAUACCGAAAAAUUGUGGGUGCUCUACAGUACUUAACCAUCACCAGAGCUGACUUAUGUUUUGCAGUUAACAAAGUCUGCCAAUUUAUGCAACAGCCUACCUUUGCUCACCUUCGUCAAGUUAAACACAUCCUACGCUAUAUCAAAGGGACUUUACACCAUGGCCUUAGUUUCUACUCAUCCAGUACACUAUCUCUCACUGGGUUUUGUGAUGCAGAUUGGGCAGGAUGCACCAUAACGAGAAGAAGUACUACCGGCUUUUGCAUAUUCCUUGGAGCUAAUUGUAUUUCUUGGUCUUCAAAGAAACAAUCCACUAUAGCUCGCUCCACUGCAGAAGCAGAGUAUAGAGUGCUAGCCACUACUACAGCUGAACUUGUGUGGAUCACUUAUCUUCUUCGUGAUAUUGGCAUUUCACUCCUAAAUCCUCCUCAAGUGUUCUCAGAUAAUAUUAGUGCUCUACACAUGUCUAUUAACCCUGUGUUCCAUGCUCGAACAAAGCAUAUUGAAUUAGAUUACCAUUUUGUUCGAGAAAAGGAAGCACUUGGUUCUCUGGUGACGAGGUACGUUCCAAGCAUGGAUUAGAUUGCAGACAUCUUUACCAAGCCCUUACCUCGCACUCAGUUUUAGUUCUUACGGUUCAAACUGGGCUUGGUGGUUUCUCCCCAGUCCAGUUUGAGGGGGAGUGUGAAGGAAGUUGAAUCAAGUACAGAAUCAGGA